CCAUCGGGCGUCUUUACGAGAUACUCAUUUUAUUUCAACUUUCGUCCAAAGAUGACGAUAUCGUCGAAAAAGAAAUUAAAAUAUGUAGCUAUAUUUGCUAUUAUAACGGGUGCAAUAGCAGGAGCGGUAAUUUAUUAUGUGGUAACAUUCGAGAGCUUUCCCCAAGUAAAAACUAAAUUAGGAACAAUUGUCGGUUUAUACUCGAGCGACGGUAACUACAAUAUGUACAUGGGUGUCCCUUACGCUAUGGUUAAUAAAUCUAAUCCGUUUGGGGACUCUCAACCCUACCCGAAAUUUAUAGAUUCGCUGAAAGCAGAUAAUGACUCUAGAAUGUGCCCGCAAGUAGAUCAAUAUAAUAAUACGAUAAUUGGUACUUUAGAUUGUUUGAAUUUGAACAUUUAUGUCCCAAUUUCGGACAAGAUCAGUAAAGAAGUCAAACUACCAGUAUUAGUGUUUAUACAUGACAGUUGGUACGAUUUCGGAUCUAGCGGAAGACAUGUUUAUGGUCCGAAAUAUUUGAUGAAGCAUGAAAUUAUUUUGGUGACGAUUAAUUUCCGCCUAGGGCCUUAUGGGUUCUUGUGUGUAGACACACCAGAAGUAUCCGGUAACCAAGGGCUUAAAGAUCAAAUUCUAGCUUUACGUUGGGUUAAAGAAAAUAUCGAUGCUUUUGGUGGAGACCCUGAAAAAGUUACACUGGCUGGCAUCGGCACAGGAGGCGAAAAUGUCCUCAUGCAUGUACUUUAUGGCAACAAAGAUUUAUUCAGUAAGGUCAUAAUAGACAGUGGAUUGACACUUCCAACAUUGGUGAUGGCCGAAACAGAUUCGACAAUACCAUUCCGAUUGGCCCAAGAUCUUGGUUUUAUUGCGUACGACGUAAAAGAAGCAAUUAAUUUUUUAGCUACUCAAGAUAGUCGUAGAGUUAUACGAUCAUCAUAUAAAUAUGACUUUAGAUAUAAACCUUGCAUUGAAAACAAUGCCACUGGAGUGAACACAUUCGCUACAAAACAUAUGUCGCAAAUAAACAGAAUUCGAGAUAUAAACAAAAUAAAGUUUAUGAUUGGCCAAACUAAUAAUGAAAGACUAUACAAAUACUCAGAUACUGUCUUCGAUAGUUCUGAAUAUCGUAAUAUAUUCGAGGAUGAGUUAUACGAUUUGUUUAAUUUUGAGGCUGAUAAGUUGAUGAGAAUGGAAAAGUACGUGCGACAUUUUUACAUCGGUAACGAAGAUAUUACGGAUGAAGUCAAACCAAAUCUAAUUCAUUUCUUUAAUGACUUGUAUCACAAUCAUCCAACGAAAAGGACGAUUAAUAAAUUUAUUGAAAGCGGUGCGAACAUUAUUUAUUACAGCAUAUUUUCUUACGUAGGAGAAAGAAAUUACAUGAGGAACUUUUACAGCAUCAACGACACAUACCCAAACGCAACGAGAGCUGACCAAAUCGGGUAUUUAUUUGACGUGUCUUACAUGAAUAACAACGUGACCGAAAAUGAUCGACUUGUAAUUGAUCGUAUGACCACUCUGUGGGCAAAUUUUGUGAAAUAUGGAAAUCCAACUCCUGAUAUAUCAGAUAUUCUACCAGUGAAAUGGGAAUCAGUUACUAACAAGUCCCUAGCGUAUUACGACAUCAACAAAAAUGUUACGAGCGAAGUAAGACCGUACCACGACAGAAUGGCGUUUUGGGAUCUCUUCUACAAAUCCAAUGGAAUAUUACAGAGAUCUAUUAGGGUGAAAUAAAGAAAUAUAAUCAUUUCAUUCGUAUGUUUUAAAGAUA